CUUGGUUCCAGAUCAAUAUGAUGAUGCCAGGGCCCGGACUUUUGUCUGGCUUCACGACCUAGCUGGAGCCAACUGUGCCUCUUCGCUGUCAAACGCGUCCUCUUGUGUUGCGAUAUCCUUGACUCGUCCGACCACCGUCUAACAAUCAUGGCCGCGCAAUCCAAGCCUACGAUCUCGCCCUGGGGUCGCGCCGUAGCCGGAGCAUCAGGUGCAGUUCUCGCGAAUGCUCUGGUCUAUCCUCUUGACAUCGUCAAGACGCGACUUCAAGUCCAGGUCCGGCCCAAUGCAACCGAUGGCCCCCGUGCCCCCGACGACGAACCUCAUUACACUUCCACAUGGGAUGCGCUGUCGCGAAUCGUAUCCGAUGACGGCGUCCAAGGACUCUACGCGGGCAUCAACGGCUCUUUAAUUGGUGUCGCCUCAACUAACUUUGCCUACUUCUACUGGUAUAGCGUGGUCCGGACGCUCUAUAUCAAGUCAGCCAAAGGAAAUGCGGCACCGUCCACUGUCGUUGAGCUGGCCUUGGGCGCCGUCGCUGGCGCCGUAGCCCAGCUGUGCACCAUACCCGUUGCCGUUGUAACAACCCGUCAGCAAACUGCCAAGAAGGACGAGCGCAAGGGCAUAUUCGCGACCGCACGCGAGGUCGUUGACGGACCGGAUGGUGUCUCUGGCUUGUGGAGGGGCCUGAAGGCCAGUCUUGUGCUUGUUGUCAACCCGGCAAUCACGUACGGGGCGUAUGAGCGAUUAAAAGAUGUCUUCUUUCCAGGAAAGGCCAGCCUGAAGCCAUGGGAAGCAUUUCUCCUCGGAGCAAUGUCCAAGACCCUAGCAACCAUUGCUACUCAGCCGCUUAUUGUGGCUAAGGUUGGACUGCAGUCCAGACCCCCGCCUAUCAGGAAUGGCAAACCAUUUGGUAGCUUCAUUGAAGUGAUGAAGUUCAUUAUUGAGCAUGAAGGCUUACUAGGCCUCUUCAAGGGCAUCGGCCCCCAGAUCUUCAAAGGCCUUCUUGUCCAGGGUAUCUUGAUGAUGACGAAAGAAAGGGUUGAGCUCCUCUUCGUCCUUUUCUUACGAUAUCUCAAAACCGUUCGCCUCCAGCAACUUCGCUCCGCCGCCCAGCUUACAGCUUCUACGACGGCUAAGAGUAUGCACAGCGUGGCGGCCAAGCCUGCCACGACGUCAGGAUGAAGGUGUCUAAGGGAACUGUACCGGUGUUUUGGUGAUUUGGUCAUAGAUGGAUAUGGAAGCCUUUUGCACUUGCUCCGUUUCGAACAGAACAAAUGAUGGAUAUCGAAAGAAUGCUCGGACCGUGCCCAAACCUAUUGCGACGGUUCUGCCUCUGCACACAUAGAUCCAGUAAAUACAAUCGCGUCUGCUAAACCCCCACAGUGUAUAUCACUACUGCGAAUUCAUUUGUGAAAGCUUAGAUUGAACUAUUCUACCUUCCGCAAGAGCCUU